UUACUACACCAGUGUACUAAAACAAAUAUUAUAUUAAUUAAAUUAAAUACCUUUAUUAGCUUUUUGUGCGUACAUCCUCAAAAUGUUCAUUUAUAUGAGUAAAAAGAUUGCCAUUCCAAAGCAGUCAAAUGUAACUUGUAUAUCAUGGAACCAUUCCUCAGGUUACAUUGCGGUGGGUGGAGAAGAAGGAAUGUUAAAAGUUUUAAAAUUAGAGUCUGGUGGUGGAGGCAAUCUGUCUAUGAACUUGAGUCUGGAAGGGCACACGGGCCAAUUACGAGUGGCUAUUUGGAAUGAAGUCUAUCAGAAACUGACUACAAGUGAUGAACAUGGAGUCAUCAUUGUCUGGAUGCUGUAUAAGGGGUCCUGGUAUGAAGAAAUGAUAAAUAAUAGAAACAAAUCUACUGUCUCAAGUAUGGCUUGGGGCUCUGAUGGUCAAAAGAUAUGCAUUGCCUAUGAAGAUGGUGCUGUGAUUGUUGGAUCCGUGGAUGGAUCCAGGGUUUGGGGUAAGGACAUAAAGGGGCCCGGUCUAGCUGCUGUGCAGUGGUCUCCUGACAACACCCAGUUGCUGUUUGCUUUGGUCGGUGGAGAGUUGCAGUUGUAUGAUGACCAAGGAAAUUUAACAAUGCCAGUAGCUAUAAAUGGUGUGACGGGCUCAAUGGAAGUGGUCGCGAUGGACUGGUACGCUGGCAAGGCGCCGCCCAACCGGCCCGUGUUGAUGAUCUGUUACAAAAGCGGACUUAUAUUGCUGAUGAAAAACUGCGUGGAAGAAGAUAGCAUAGUAGUAGAAACCAACAUGAAGGCAAUAUACUGCCAUUGGAACCACAACGGAACUGUGUUGGCGGCCGCCGGGUGCACAUCGGACCAGACAAACGUGGUACAAUUCUUCAGCGCCUAUGGAGAACACAUUCGAACAUUACGAGUCCCUGGUGGAGCGAUGCGCUCGCUGUCCUGGGAGAAACGGUCCCUGCGCCUCGCUAUCGCCAUCGAUUCCUUCAUCUACUUCGCCAACGUGAAGCCCGACCAUAAGUACGCAUUUUACGGAAACACGCUCGCAUACGUGUCUGGCACGGAAACCGUUACAUUCUGGGACACAGUUACAUUACAGUCAUGGGUAAACCACAUUCCGGACGUGAUAGAUAUGUGCGGCACGGAUGAGUAUUGUGUUAUUGCCACGCUCAAUAUGCUGAUUAUCUCAAAUCAGCAAGGGAUCCAAUGUGACGCUAAGGUAGUGAGUAUUCCCAUGGUAUACGUGGCUAUCAACAGCAAAGCCACGGUCGUUGCAGCAUCCAAAGAAUCAUUUGUGGUCUGGAAGUUUUCUACGCCGUCUAGACCAAGAAGCACAGAGCAUUUAUUUCGCGCUGACGGGACGCCGGUAACAACGGGAGAUGUCAGCUACCAAGAUGACACCAUAUGCUGUAUAACUUGCUCUGAAAGCCAUCUGCUGGUGGGAAGAGAUUCUGGAACUAUCCUCUUCUUCUCGCUUGUGAACUUCAAGAAGAUUACGUCUAUCAAUAUGAACUCGAGGCCGUACAAGUUGGGACUUAAUUCUAAUUCCAGCAAAUUCUACGUAAUCGAUCAGCCCGGUUCAUUAUACCUCCUAGACACUGACAUGGCUAACAACAUAAACGUGGGGCAGGCGCUACGCAAAGACGUGUGGAGCGCACUGUGGGCGAGCGAUAAUCCACAGAUGCUGGCCGUGGCUGAAAAGGCGCGCCUUUAUGUCAUGAGGGAUACAGAACCAGAGGAACCGCUUGCGAUGCAGGGCUAUCUGUGCACAUUUAAGGAACUGGAGAUCACAACAGCGCUACUAGACGGUAUCGCAGACAAGUGCACGCCGCAGCACAUCGUGCGAGUGGAGGUCAAGUCUCUGAGAGACACUCGCCAGCUCAUCGAGAAGGUCGGCUUGAAGGAGGCCGAGAAUUUCAUAAAGGAUAACCCACACCCGCAGCUAUGGUUGCUAUUAGCUGAAGCAGCAUUAAAAAACUUAGAAAGCGAGUCAGCUUUAGAGACGGCAGAGGCGGCAUUCGUGCGGCGCAACGACUAUGCGGGCAUUAGAUUCGUCUCUCGACUGAACGCGCUGCAUUCUAACGCGCUGAAGAAGGCGGAAAUACUCGCUUACUUUAAAGAUUUUGAUGCAGCUGAGAAGAUAUACCAUGAUGAAGAUAGGAGAGAUUUGGCGAUAGCACUCCGCAAGCGUCUCGGUCACUGGUUCCGAGUAGUGGAACUCCUCAAGCAAUCCGCAAGCACGACGGACGCGCAAGUCAAGCAGGCCUACAGCAACAUUGGUGACUACUACAUAGACCGGCAGAAUUGGACUGGAGCCCUCGAGUAUUACACAAUGUCCAAUAACACAGAGGGGCUGAAGAAAUGUUACAUGGCGCUGGAGGACAACGAAGCCCUAUCGAAGCUGUUUACCAGCUCGCCUAGGCAACCUAAGGAUGCACCAAUAAAAACGAACAUGGACGAAAUGGGUGACAUCAUCAAUGAAACACCUUCCAUCCAAGGAAUUAUGCAGCUGAAGGAGACGGGUCGCAUGUUACAGGCUGCGGCCAUGGCAUUUCAGCUUGCUAACAUCGAAGCCUCAAAAUGCGUGUCGCCGUCGCGUGUAAAGAAAUUAUAUAUCUUAGCGGGACACCUGUAUACUCAGAAUUCUGUGGAUGGAGCUAAAGUGCGAGAAGCCACGCGAAGUUUCCGGCUGGGCGCGGCGCAGCACUGGUUCGAGAUGGCGGCCGAGCGCGCGCUGGCCCGCCCUCCGCGCCCCGACGCGGCGCUACGUGCGGCCGGACGGUUGCUCGCGGUUGUCGACGACUUGAAUCCCGCGCAGCACCUGCAGGUUUGGUGUACCAUUGCAUCGAUAGCAGUGGAAGCAAGAGCAUACGAAUUAUGUUCGAAGGCAUUCAUCAAACUCGAAGCAAUCGAUCCCGAGAAUUUUGAAAAGUUGGCAAUAGAAAUCUUCACGAGAUGUAAACCUAAGGACGUGAAAGGAAAUAAAAUCGACUGCUCUAAUUGUAACGCCGCCAUACCCGAAUGGUGCGCGGUGUGCCCUGGCUGCGACACCGUGUUCCCGGGCUGCGCGGUGUCCGCGCGCGCACUGGUGGCGCCGCGCGCCGUGUGGACGUGCAGCGCCUGCGGGGCGCGCGCCAUGCAGCACGAGCUCGUGCUGCGCCACUCCUGUCCUAUGUGUCACGCGCCGCUGUAAACCCAUACAAUGCAAUGGGAACAUUGAAAAGUAGGCAGAGGUGUGUGGCUACUGUUACUGUGACUUGGGCCGCUCUAAUAGCCAAUAAGAGCAACCGAGUGAUGCACUAAACCAGUGUGUUAUAUGUAAGUUACGAUACCGUGGGCUGCGCGGUGUCUGGGCUCGCACUGCUGCGCCACUCCUGUCCCAUGUGUCAUGCGCCGGUCUAAGGCUGACCGGAGCGUAUGAGUUACGUGCUGCACUGCACAUAAAGCAGUAU